AUGUCGCGACAAGAGUUAAUAGGACCUCAAGGACUUCGACAAGACGGUCGUCGCGCUAGUGAAUUAAGGAAAAUAAAAUGUACGCCUUCAGUAUUAAGCCAGUCGGAUGGAUCAUCAUAUAUUGAACAAGGAAAUACAAAAUGCUUGGCAGCUGUUUAUGGGCCAAGAGAGGCUAGACAAAAAGCACAAAUUCUACAUAACAAGGCUUUAAUUACAGUUGAAAUUAGUUUAGCACCUUUCAGUAUGUCUGAAAGAAAGAAACGAAAGAAAUUUGACAAACGAUUAUUGGAAAUCGCAUCAGCAGUUAAACAAACAUUUGAACCAAUUAUAAUGACAAAUUUAUUUCCUAGAUCUCAAAUUGAUAUAUUUUUACAGAUUUUACAGUAUGAUGGAGGAAUGAUUCAAAUAUGUAUAAAUGCUGCUACUUUAGCAUUAAUUGAUGCAGGAAUACCAAUGUUAGAAUAUGUUUGUGCUUGUUCAGCGGGAAUUGUAGAGGAUACAACUAUUUUAGAAUUAUUAGGUACUCCAGAAUUAACAGUAGCUUUAUUACCACAAUCCCAGAAAGUCACAUUACUUCAGUUGGAAACGCGUCUUCACGUUGAUAAAUUAGAACCAGUAAUGAAGAUGGCUAUUGAAGGUGCUAAAGAUAUUUAUAAACAUUUAGAUAAAAUAAGCCGUAAUUAUAUAGAAGAUUUAUUACAAAAAUCAAAUCCUCAUCCUCCCAUUUAA